UGCUUCUUCUUCUUUCUUGUCUCUCUUCUUGUGAUUCAUCCUGCUCCGUUUCCUCUUUUCAUAAUAACGUCCAAUCCAACCACCAAAACACCAUCACCAUCACAAACACCGCAAACAUGAAGGUCACCGCUGCCCUUUUCUCCCUCGCUUUCGCCAGCUUCGCUGCUGCCCAGGACCUUGGUAACCUCCCACCUUGCGCUACCGAAUGUGCCACCCCUUACCUCACCAACGGCAUCGGUAACUGCGGUCGCGACCCCAAGUGCAUCUGCACGGACGAGACCUUCAUCAAGGACAUCCAAUGCUGCCUUCUGGAGAAGUGCUCGGCCAGCGAUAUUGAUGCUGCCGCCGGUUUUGCUUCCACUUUCUGCAAGAACAACGGUGCCACAAACUUCCCUACCAAGGCCACCUGCGCGACCGUCGCUGCCACCGCCACCACCGGUGGCAGCGCUUCCGCUACCGCCGUAGUCACCACUGGUACCGGUACCGCUGCUGCCACUACUGUCACUGGUUCCAACAGCGCCGCCGUGUCCUCGGCCGUUAGCAGCAUUGAGAGCGCUGCCAGCAGCGCGGCUACCAGCACUCACACCAGUAACCCCGGCCCCAGACAGACUGCCGCUGCCGGUCUUGGUGCCAUUGGUGGUCUCAUGGCUGCCGUUGCCCUUCUUUAAGGGGUGAAUAUGGUUUUGGAAAUACUGUAUAAUGUAAUGGUCAUGGUGAAGUGACGGGACUUGGAUAUGCAUGAAGCAAAAGAUACGAUAUAAUGAAAUGUUAAUACCACGGCAACUUCGAUCAAGUACCGCUAUACAAUGCUUGUGUGACCACUCACUCAUCGAGCGAGCAAGCUUGAAGUCAACCCCCUCCCCACGUGUGCUGUCGGUUAAAUCAGCUGCUUGUCCUCGUAGGAUCGUAGGACGGCAACUGAUAUGAAGAAACCAAUGGUAACUGGCAACAAGAAUACACCAGGAGCUCAGUGCAGUCGCACAACCAACAGCCCUGCACCUCGACUUGUACG